AUGGAGGAAAAAACGGAAGGGCUAAAUUUGUUGAUUUUAUCAGUUGUGUUGACUGGAUUUGUGGGGUUGCUUUUUCAUCUUUACAAUGGCGUGUUGUUGAAGCCAAAAAAGCUUAGAUUGAAACUUCAAAACCAAGGAAUCAAAGGACCAUGCCCUUCUUUCUUAUAUGGGAAUAUCCAUGAAAUGAAAAGGAUCCAACUUCAAGCACUGUCUACUGCAAAAUCUGCUCACAAGGAUCUCAAACCGUAUUUUUCUCAUCACUGGUUUCCCACUCUAUAUCCUUACUUAGACAAAUGGAGAAAUGAAUAUGGGUCUAUGUUCUUGUAUUCAACUGGAAACCUGCAACUACUUUGCACAACAGAUAUGGAAAUGUUGAAAGAAAUUGGCUUACACAAGUCAUUAAGCUUAGGGAAGCCAUCCUAUCUAACUAAGGACCGAGGACCUCUGCUAGGACAAGGCAUUUUAUCGUCCAGUGGCCCCAUUUGGUCACACCAACGAAAAAUCAUAGCUCCUGAGUUCUUUCCUGACAAGGUUAAGGGAAUGGUGAACCUAAUGGUGGAUGCUACGAUUUCAAUGCUAAAAUCUUGGGAGAGUAGAGUUGAAUGGGAGAAAGGCAUUUUAGAGAUUAUAGUUGAUGAGGAUUUGAGAAGCUUAUCUGCUGAUAUAAUUUCGAGAGCUUGUUUUGGCAGCAAUUAUUCCAAAGGGGAAGAAAUAUUCUCAAAGCUAAAAGCACUGCAAAUGGCUAUGGCUAAAACUUACAUUGGGAUUCCUGGUAUGAGGUACCUGCCAAGUAAAAACAACAGAGAGAUAUGGAAGUUAGAGAAAGAAAUUGACUCGUUGAUAUUGAGUGUAGUGAAUCAUUUCACCGAGGAGGCUACACACGGGAAGGAUCUUUUACAGAUGAUACUCGACGGUGCUGAGACCUAUGAUGAUUACAAAGGACUAUCUAAGGAGAGGUUCAUAGUGAACAAUUGCAAAAACAUGUAUUUUGCUGGUUAUGAAACCACAGCUACUACACUUUCAUGGACCUUGAUGUUAUUAGCUGCAUCUCCAGAUUGGCAAGCUUGUGUUCGUGCCGAGGUUCUUGAAACUUGUAAAGAUGGAUUUCUUCUGGAUGCUAAUGCACUUACAAACAUGAAGACGCUCACAAUGGUGAUUCUAGAGACAUUACGCCUAUACCCACCUGCAACUUUUGUGAUAAGACAAGCGUUGGAAGACAUUGAUUUCAAAGGCAUCAUGAUCCCCAAAGACAUGAACAUCCAAAUCCCAAUCCCAGCUUUACAACAAUCUCUUCAGCUAUGGGGUCCCGAUGCGCACCGGUUCAAUCCAGAAAGAUUUGCUAAUGGGAUUGUUGAGGCUUGCAAGGUUCCACAGGCUUACAUGCCAUUUGGCAUCGGGGCUAGAAUAUGCACUGGACAACACUUCGCAAUGGCAGAACUGAAGGUGGCUCUAUCUCUGCUUUUAUCAAAGUUUUGCUUCUCUCUAUCACCGGCAUAUGUUCACUCCCCUCCAUUCAGGCUGGUUAUACAGCCAGAACACGGAGUCCGUCUCCUCAUAAAAAGGGUUUAAGGGAUUAUUCAAAGGUUUUUGAGCCUAAACGUGGAGUAUGUCUCCAAGUACAAACAUCAUGACCUGAUGUAUUAUUGCUUUUAUAGAAUCUAUGUGUUGUACUUUUACAAAUUCAAA